UGUUCAAAGUGCACUGAUACUGCAACAGCGUAUUGACUGCAAGCUAAGAAUAACCCAGUUAUCUUGUAAAAGAAAUCUUGAUCAGCAGCCAUGGUUGGUGUGUUUCUACUUGCAUAUAUCUCAGUGAAUCUAAUCCUUCAAAGUCAAGGCGAACAGCUUCAAAAAGCCAAGAUUUUCAGUGAAAAUACAGAAGUACCAGAAGGUGGUAUACUGGAGGUUACUUGCAGUACAUAUGGUUUUACUAAGCCAGAGGCUAAAUCAGUUUAUGUAUAUCUGUGUAAAGAUGGUAAAGCUAUAGAUAUGAAAUCCAGAUCCACUCGACAAGACAUCGCCUUUAAAAUAGAGAGAACAGAAAUGGACCAUUCGGGCAACUAUAGCUGUCUGUUUUCUGAAGAGCACUUGGAAAAAAACAAAGUGAUGGGAUAUGGUAAUAAUAUCAUCUUCAUAAAUGUGAUCGAAUCUUUAUUUAAUUCACAGAUACAUUUGCAACAGUCUGAGGUGGCAGUGGGAAGUGAUGCUGAGUUUAUCUGUACAACAUCCGAUCCUAUGAACAAAAACCUGUCCAAUAAUAUGAUUUUGGCUUUUCUCAUCAAAAAUGAAAAGCCCAUUAAAGUCAAUAUUUGGGACAGAAAAGAAACGAGGACAACGUUCACCCUCAGAGAGGUCCGGAUGGAAGAUGCUGGAACAUACAGUUGUGCUUUGUUAAACAUUCUUCCUUACCAUGGAAUGAGACUUGAUCGAAAGAAUAAAGUCAACCUUCAGAUAGUUGUGGCACCUAGCAUCGGCUUUGACAAAAUCAUAAUUGUCAUAGUAAUGAGCUCUACCUUAGUGUUGUUCCUGAGUCUGUUUCUGGGAAUUUGGGCAGUGAUGCGUAAAAGAGGAUGCCAUGGAUUCCACAAGGAAAGAUCCUUGAAUGAGAAAGAGCUCAAAGGAAAUGAUGUGUUCUACGAAGAAAUGCCCAACCCUGAUGCAGCUGGUACUGGUGAAAUACAAAGUGUUGUCUGUUCUGUCGCAGCAUGGGAUGAGUUCUCUGAUAUCGGGGAAGUGUAUGAUGAACUGGACUCCCAACAGUCUUAAUGGCCUUGCUCAGUAGCAUGUGAUUGCAAUGCAUUGGUCAUAGGUUUGAUUCCAAAGGGAAAGCAAGAACUGAUCAAUUGUGUACUUUGAAUGCAAUAUAAAUAGCUUUGGAUAAAAGUAUCUGCUAAAUGCAUAAAUGUAAAUGUAAUAAAUUGGGUGUCUUUUUUAUAUUAUUUGUUUGUCACUAUUGUUGUUGUUUUUAUGACAGUGACCAACUGAGUGUUGACCAUCUUUAUAGUCAUGGUGCACAUUUUUUUCAUGACUUUACUAAAGUCUAUAAAUCUGACAGAAUUAAUAACAAAAUACAAUAUUAUGUAACAUAAAUAUGACAUAUGCAAAUUCAGAAUAAAUGUUUUUGAAUAAUUAAUUAAAAUUCUUAAAAUCUGCAACCUGUUACAGUGUGUUCACAAAUGUACUGAAGAAUACCUAAUAAUAAAAUGUUUUUAAUGAAAAAAAUAUUUCACCAGGUAGGCUACAUUUCAUCAUA